AUGGCUGUCGUUCUUCCAUCCGACGAUAACGGUUACUUUGCCGGGUCCGGCCUACGACGCUCGCAUUCACAAUCCAACUUCGCCUCUUCGACCUCACCAUUUUCUACCUCUUCUCAUUUGAGCGACCAUCAUUACAGCCCAGCUACCAAAUCAUACGCCGAAUCAAACUCAUCAUCUGCUCCCUCAUCUCCCCGUACGGUCCACGCCGACUCUGUGGAUCUCUCCUACGCCUCAACCCCCGCCACUAACCUCUCCAUUGCUUCUGACUACGACGACCACAUCAGCCUCGCUGAAUCACCCGAAGAUCACUUCAUGUUCCCAUCUUUUGCACAGGAGAAGUUCUUCGUUCACCAAGAUAUUCACCCUCACAUACACCAUGACGAUAACCUAGAACCACCCCCAAGUCCACGAACAGGCGAUUCUUACACUGUCUCUCCUGCCGAACACGAGAACUCCGAGGAGGCUUCCGAGGACACAUCAAGACCUGAAACACCCGAGCACGAAAAGUCUGAGCAUGCAGAGGACGAUACUGCAGUCUCCAGCAGGCCUUCGCGACAGGUUGAUUACUUGUCUCAUGAAUGGAGAGAAGAGGACAUCUGGUCAUCAUGGCGAUAUGUCGUGACUCGAAGGGGAGAAUUUCCCAACAGCGCGCGGUUAGAAAACGCUUCUUGGAGGACAUGGAUGAAGGCCAAGAACAACCUCAAGACUAUCUCUCCCGAAUCGCUCAACUGGCUUAAGGAUUGUGAUGUCACCUGGCUUUAUGGUCCUCUGCAGUCAGGACCCAAAAACACCCACUCUACCCACACGGAGCCCUCUAGCGUUUCGCUUUCCAAGACUGACUCACUUGUCAACCUCAACAAGAAGCCCAUCUUGAAGAAGAGAAGUAUGUCUGAGGUUAUGCUUCAGCGAUCGUUAUCCACGGCCUCAUUAUUGAAGCAAGCCACCGCAGCUGUCAAGGCCCAAGAGACACGAGGAAUUCUCCGACCCCACCUUGGCCGUUCUAACACAGAUUACUUUGCUUACCCUUUCGCAUCACGUCGAUUGAGUGGAGACAGCAGCAGCAUCGCUCCUUCGGUUGAGUCGUCUGGUGUUAUUUCUCCCAGUGCGGAACGGAAACACAUUCAUUUCAACGAGCAAGUCGAACAGUGCAUAGCUGUUGAAAUUAAGGGCGACGAGGAAGAAGAAGCAAUCGAUGAUCAUUAUGGUUCUGACAGUGAUUCAGACGACGGAGUCAUGAUGAAGCAGGUCCAGACAAAGAAGAGGCCCAUCUCCCGACGCAAGAUUUUGAAGUCAAAGCCAGCUGUUGAAGGGAAGACAAUAGCCAAACUUCCGUCUACUACCCUCAAGUAUCGUGAAGACACUCCCGAACCGCGAGAGACUGCUAUGAAGCACUCUAGAAGCCCGCUCAUGUCCCCUUCUUCUUCGCAGGAGACUCUGCGACCUGCUAAGCAGUCCGGAAAGUUCUUUUUCGGGGAAGAGGAUCAUGAUGAUAGCCUUGAUGAUGCGCUGUUGAGCCCCCGCUCAGGGUGGGCUUCACCACCUAGUGAAGGCAUCAAUGGCGGUCUAAACAGAUCCAUCUCUUCAGGCAGCCUUUGCGAGGAACCUGCGGGUAUGCGACGCACGCCGUCGGGUAUGUUUAUGCCUUAUGAGGAAGGCGAAAUACAAUCAGGGGAUGGGAUUUUUGGCCGCGUUAUCGACACGGUCAAUACUGCCCGCGACAUCGCCCACGUUAUCUGGAACGUCGGAUGGAGGAAAUAA